CGCGUACACCUCUGAAGGUGCUAUGCAAUAAACAACACAUCUUGUGCAUAUCGGUGGUGAUUUUCAGGGGCAAGGAGUACUUUCAAUGCUAAUCUAACAUUUUCUGAACUUGUUCUGUCUAUGGGUUUUGUUUUCUUCUAGCCACCGGCGUCAUCAUGCCUCCGAGACGAUUUUCCAGAUACCUCGUUGUUGGCGCAUUCUUCUUGAUUGGCAUCGUGAUUUUCAGUACCACUUCAAAUCCAGCGGCCAAUGCCUUGGACGAAGCUUCUAGUUAUAGAGAAGCUCUCCGCGAGUCCCUAACGAAUCUCAACGUACCUUUCCGCUUCACCUUUCAGAGGUCCGCACACAAACCUCCUCAACAAAAGAAUAGCACCCACGGCGAUAGUUCCUGGCACAGUGAUUGGACAUGGCUGAACCCUUUCUCUUCUUCCAUAACUCUCGACGAGGAACGAGUCGUUCUUCCGCCGCUGUCUGACCGUCCUCCCGUGUACACCUACUACGACACCACUGUGAGAAGGGACGAGAAUGUGAAAAAGGUGGACAGAGAGCUACUUCUGACUUGGCGCCGCGCAUGGUGGGCUCACGGCUUCCGUCCUGUUAUAUUGACAGAGGCCGAGGCUAUGAGCCAUCCAUUAUAUCAAACUAUGCAGGCGGAGAAGCUUCCCGCUGCGCUGGAUCAGGAAUUCAGGCAGUGGAUGGCAUGGGCUCACAUGGGAACAGGGAUGCUGGCCAGCUGGUACUGUCUGCCAAUGGGAGCCUACGAUGAUCUUUUGCUUUCACAUCUACGCCGCGGACAAUAUCCACAUCUUCUCAGAUUCGAAGGACUUGGAUCCGGUUUGUUUGCUGGGGAACAAACUCAGAUCGAUAAUGCCAUCCGAGCGGCUCUUGAAAACUCCAAGUUAAAAUCUUCUAUCACUUCCAUAACAGAGGCACUGGGGUCUGAGUGGUUCAAAGUUGAGCAGCCUACAUCGAUAGCGCACUACGACUCUCAAACGAUACCCGCCAAAUAUCCAAUUCUCGCCGAACAAAUUCUCAAAGACCCUAGCAAAGGUCGGCGCUCACUCAACCAGUUGAUGAUUGCACACCUCCAUACCAUAUGGCAGAACAGUUUUAGCAGUGGUAUUGCUGUGUUGCAGCCGCUUGCAGCGCAUACCUUCUCGCUUGUAAAGCCAGCCAAAGAUCUAGCGGGACUCCUUGCCGAAUGCCCGGCCUCGAUACUCCAGUCUUCUUGCCCGCCCAACCGACCAAAAUGCAGUCCUUGUAUCGGAUCCAAGAUGCGAAUAAACGUUGCACCCUCCUUCAGGAAUACAUCGUCAUUAUUUACAAUUUCCAUCGUACCCCAUCCUUACACCAUGGCCACGCUGGCUAAUCAAAGCGAUGUUCUGACCGUCGCACAUAUCAGACGGCACACCGAUAGGGAUCCUUGGAUCACCGCCGUCACUCGUGACCUCCUUGGGGACUCUAGAGGAGGUCCAAGUCGAGUUGUUAGCUUGAAGGAUGCUGUGGCUUCAGAUUACGGUUCCAGCCGUUCCUUAUGGUUCACAACCGAACACUUUCCGGCUUCCUUCUGGCCCCCUCCGCCUCCUCCAAAAUCUCCGACAAACGAUGCUCACCCCAAGGAAAAAAAGAUCGCUCCGUUUCCAGAAGACUGGCUUGAGCAUCUUGACUGGCACUUUGGAUUUCCAAUUCCAAGGACGACUGUUUCUCAUGGUGAAUCUCUUCCUCCAGUUCCUGGACCCGAACGUUGGGCCAAGUCUCCGGCUGGACUGCCUGCAGAACGGAAGAAGGGUUCUGACCCCGAUCCACCAUCAGAAGAACAGGCGGCCAUUGAAGUGGAUCUUUUGCUCAAGGCUGCGAAGACGAUCCGCAGCAAGGAUGAGAAUUUGCUCGAGAUUCGAAGGGUUGCUGAAGCCUGGAAUUUGGCAGAUACUGAAGCUUGGAAGUUUGUCAAAAGUUUCAGGGCUCGUCAAGUCGUCGAAAGGCUCAAGUUCGUGGAGGAGGAGUCGGCUUACGAGACUGGUGGUGUAAGAGGUAAGACACGCUGGUGGGGCUCAUCAUGAGAUUCGAACUCAGCAAUCAGUUCGCGCUCUGUGCGAGCCAAAUCCGACAGGUAUUUGCUUAUGGCAGAGAACCGCGAAGGAGUGAUUUGUGCAUCGCAGGUGUCCAAAUCAUUUCUGCAACCUGUCCAGAGGGCCUACACUUUUCAUGGCACCUUCCUAGCGGUGGACGUGAACAUACAACGUCCUCCACCGUGCCAACUGCUCAAACAUUGCAUUUAAAGCUUCCGGCGAUUGUGAAGUUUCCGAAAGCGGUACCGCAAGGAGUACGAGGAGAUUGAAGAAGAGCUUAGACAUUCCUCAGGCUGUGUUGAUCUGGAGUUGCCUUGCUCUUUAUCAGUUGCGGCACUGUGAUCUCUUGGGCAUGCCAGAAGUUCAUCCCAGGUGCCAUGCCAUAUUGUGGUCGCGAUGCUUCCAUUGUCAUGCUCAUUCUUCGCCUGUCGCCUGAGACUUCGAACGAUUGACGGUUUUCCUCCGGUUUCUGCCAAUUUGGAACAGCACAUUCCAUGGUCACAAGGAGCCCAGCCAAAUCCUAUUGGUCUGGGAAAGUGACCGUCGGGAGCCAAUUCGCCUUUGAAGGUCGGUAAUCGCUGACGCACGAUUUUGUUGACGAUAUUUCUUGCCUGCCGCGCAGUCAUCAACUGCUGUUGAUUAUUGCAGAAAGUGGCGUUCCUGGCAAUGGCAAUUGACUGGAAAUCGAGGUUCGUGGUGAAAUAGUACCAGAGGACGAAGCGGCUGUCGCGGGUAGUGAAAGGGAUUACGAUGAAUUGUUUAUUGAUUUUAUCGGGGGAGAGUCUAGGCUUGACCCGUCGUGUUGGUGGUGGUGGAAUUCGGUUUGCAAGCAUGACGAACUAAUUGACUGUAGAUCACGGUGUCGAUAAUAGAUGGUGUGAAGGGGUGUAGCGAAUUCUACAACCGCAGUCUGGCUUUGGACGUCGUGUACUUAUUUCGAGUAAGAUCUUUGAGUCGCUCGGUCUGGAGCAUUUUCAGACAAGGAACAAUUCAAGCUGCUCCCGAAUGUGUAUAGGUCAGGUCAAUCUCAUUGGUAGCAUUCCAUCACAAAGCAUGCCCUGCAUACCUAAAACAUCAGGUCGAAUGCGGCAUGUAAUGU